ACCUUGGAGGUGUCUACGGACAACGCCGGCUCUUUGGCUUAGACAUGAACCCCCAGAGUCGGUCACGACUGGACUUAACAUCAGGGGAAAACCUUUAACCUUUAUCACUGCAAGGAUAUAGUGAAUGAUGAAUACUCAUGAGUUUUCUUGUUUUUCUGCCCAAAUUGUCCAGUUCCGCCUGCAUCCAAUUUAUAAUGCCAGCAGUAUAUCUUAUGACAGGUAUGGCCCAGGUGUUUAUGGCCUUGAUGGUGUUGCCUCCAUUGAGCUUGCUUUUGAGAAUUUUUCUAACCCUUUGAGUGUAUUCUUUGCUGACCACAGUAUUUAUUUAUUUAUUUGGAGUAGUUCACAAGUCGGGUGUAUGCAACCCGGCGACUGUCCCUAUAUGGGGAGAGAGGCGGGAUGAAAAGAAAGCAAAGAGGGGGAGAGGCGGGCUGGAAGCGGGGCGCGGCCCUGAGGGCGUGCGGGUGGCCCGGCCUGCUUGCCUUGCUUUGCCUUGCUUUGCUUUGCCUUGCCUGCCUUCCUUGCGGUGCCCACAGCAUGUGAACUUCACCUCUGUCUCUGGAGGGGCGGCCAGGGAAGAGGGAGGGAGGCAGGAGGAGGAGGAGGAGGAGGGGACCCGCCGCUGCCACCUCUAAGCAGCCGCUACGGGGAUUUAUUUAUUCCAAGGCAAGGGAAGGAGAGAGAGAGAGAGAGAGAGAGAGGCGCAGUCCACGGGCACGGAUCGAGAGCCCUCUCCGAGAAACAGCAACAAUCACAGCCCUGGCUGCCCCACGCUGCUUGCCUGCUUGCCUUCCUUAGGACGAGCAUCACAAGGAAAGCGAAACCGAGGGAGAGGCAAAGACGCGAGACGCCGAGGAGGGAGCCCGAAGGGGAAGGAAAGGCUCCUUCCAAAUGCUGGCGUGGGCGCAAGGCUUGUGAGAAGACCACUACUCCUACGACUGCCCUCCUCGUCCUCAUCCUCACGGAUUUCCGAGGUGGAGUCAUGCCGCGCAAAAGCAUCGCCCUGAUGGUCUUUCUGGAGUAUGUGGUUUCUGGGCAGCUCGGGGCAGAUUCAAUGAAGCUACAAGCCUUCCGUUGUGAUGGCCAUUCCUGCAACCCUGCUGUGGGGAAUCUAGCCACAGGCAGGACACCAACCACACUCACCACUUGUGGACAAAACAGCACAGAACUGUACUGCUUUUACCCCGAUCGCCAUCUCCUGCACCCAGUCUCCCAAGGUUGUGGACAACCCAGGUGCACAAAGUGCAAUGCCAACCAGCCUGAUAAUGCCCACCUCCCUUACGCCAUGACGGAUGACUUCUUUGUGAACCCAACGUCUUGGUGGCAGUCUGCACAAGGUGUCCAUCGGGAGGAAAUCAGGCUAGACUUCGAAACAGAGUUCUACUUGACCCACGUCAUUGUUGUGUUCAAGUCUCCUCGGCCAGCAGCCAUGGUGCUGGAGAGAUCCCAGGACUAUGGGCAGACAUGGAGGGCUUACAAAUACUUUUCUGUCAACUGCACAGCUACCUUUGGGCUCCCGGAUGACACCACUGAAGAGGGAGCUCUGUGCACAUCUAGGUAUUCGGAUGUGGUGCCUUGCACCAGAGGUGAGGUGAUUUUUCGUGCCUUAACUCCUGCCAACAAAAUUGAAGACCCAUACAGUCCUGAAGCACAAGAUCUUCUGAAACUCACCAAUUUGCGGCUCUUGCUUUUAAAGAGGCAAGAGUGUCCUUGCCAUGGUCCAGGGCUGCUGGAGAAACCCCACCGAUUUGCCCAUUAUGCCAUCUAUGACCUAAUUGUACGUGGCAGCUGCUUUUGUAACGGCCAUGCGGAAGAGUGUCAGCUUGCCAAUGGGACAGGUGUUGUUGAUAAUGUGGUCCAUGGGAGGUGUGUGUGCAGACACAACACUGCAGGACACCAUUGUGAGAGAUGUGCUCCAUUAUACAAUGACCAGCCAUGGGAGCCAGGCGAUGGAAAAACAGGGGCACCCAAUGAAUGCAGAAAGUGCCGCUGUCACAACCAUGCUGAUAGCUGCCAUUUUGACCGAAGUGUCUGGCUGGCAUCAAGAAAGAAGAGUGGAGGCAUCUGUGACAACUGCAAGCACAACACAGAAGGCAACCGGUGUCAGAGAUGCAAGCCAGGUUUUUACAGAGACAGGGGGAAGCCCAUUUCUUCCCCACAGAUUUGCAAACCCUGCUCUUGUCAUCCCAUGGGUACAGUGAGUGCCACCUUCAAUCAGAGCUGGAAAUGCCAUCCCAAAACAGGAUUCUGUUACUGCAAGGCUGGUGUUGCAGGCCCAAAGUGUGACAGGUGCCUCUUGGGAUACUGGGGCUUUGGAGAACAUGGCUGUCGACCUUGCGAUUGUGCCAGAGACUGUGACAAGCAGACUGGAGAAUGUCUCAAUAGUUAUGACAACCAGGCUUUUUUCAAUAUUCCAAUCGGUGGGAGAAUCCCUGAUCUCAUUCAAUCUCCAGCUAAUGAAAGUGACGAUGAGUGGCAGUGGAAUGACAAUGAACAGGGAUUUUCUGCAUUAAGACAUCCAGAAAAGUGUGUGUGCAAAGAAAGGAUACUAGGAAGUGCCAGCAAUUUCUGCCAAAUGAAAUAUGCUUAUGUGAUAAAAGCAAAGAUCCUUUCAGCUCAUGACAAAGGAACUCAUGCUGAAGUCAUUGUGAAGGUCAAGAAGGUUCUGAAAUCUGGCAAAGUGAAAAUCACAAGAAGUAACCGGAGCAUCUAUCCAGAGUCAUGGACCAACAGAGGGUGCACGUGCCCUAUUCUAAACCCUGGUAUAGACUACUUGAUAGCAGGACAAGAAGAUAUACGGACCAACAAGCUCCUCGUGAACAUGAACAGCCUGGUGAAACCUUGGAAAACUCACUGGGGCAAAAUCGUAGCUGACAUGCUUCGAACUGGAUGCAAAUAGUAUCUUCUUUUAUGAACUUUACAUGCUAGUACUAUUGCAGUGAAAGGCCUAGUUAGUUUUCUGUCAAUCAAAACAUCCCUGGUUAAGGGGAAUUUAAAAGAAAGACUCCCUUUACUUCUUCCCACUACGUGUUUUAGAAGGAAAUCUAUGAAAUUACCCCCCCCCCCCCAGAGAACAAUCCCCAUCUUAUACACACUCAAAGCUCUUCAGUACUGUAUAUCCUUUUGUAUAAGUUGACCUCAUGUAUAAGGCAAGGGACAGUCUGGGGUUUCAAAAUAGUUGAUUUUUAUACGACCCAUUGAUAAGCUGAGGGUCAUUCCAUUGAGAAAGGAAAGCACCAGUGUGGCCUGAAUGAAAACAGUCUGAAGUGGGUCCCUGGGGAAUGAGAGUGAGGGGAAUGGGUGCUUUUUUUUUUUUCUUUUUUUUUUUUACUUUUAACUCUACUCUCAGAAGGGGACUGUUCCUUUUUUUUUUUUUUUUAAGAGUUCAGGUACAGUACUCACAGUGACCCAUGGAUAGGUAGGACUAGUUUUGGGGAUAACUUUCUAAACUAAAAUUAUAGAUUUAUACAUAAGUAUACACAGUAGCUGGCUCUGUACAUUUUCCACAGCUGAACUGAUAGCUUCCCUCCGUGGUUUGCCAGAGCUUACACAUAUACCUAAAAUGCACUUCAUAUACAGAGACUGCAAUCUGACUUGGGUGCUUCCAUGAACCAAACUGAUAUGACUCAACAUGCAGAGGUGGCACUGAAGCAUUCCCUUUUGUGAGGCUACUCUCUUGAAGUGGCCCUGAGGAAUGAACUACAACUUUGCUAAGUUCCAUGGGUAAAAAAUACUCACAGGUUUCAAAGCUCACUGGACAAACUAGUUGAAAUACUAGAUCUAGCUUUUUUGGUUCCUUGAGUGUAUAUGUGUCCCCUUGGUGUUUGCACUGGAAUGGGAGGAUUCUGUAGAUAUAUUUAUGUUGUCUAUGCUUGUAUUUUGCCAGGGAAACGAACAGGCAGAGCCUGUGAGAGGAUAGGGGAGGACGAGAGGGUUCCUAGCACUUAGGCCUCCAGGAAUUCUGUGAGGUGGAAGGGCAUGCCUGGGAUCAGAUCCUGCAGGCAGGAAUUUCCAGGGACUUCCCUUUGCUUUUUGACACAGCUUUUAGGGAAAGGAGGUGGCUGGGUCUUAGUGGUAGGCCAGUUCCAUUAGAGCCCAUGGAUUGGUCUUCUGUGGGGCUGUUGUUUCAAGAUACAUACUAGCUCAGCAAUCCUGCCUAUACAGGUGAGUCUACCUGCUCUUUUCAAGGAUCUGCUCCCUAACUGCUUUUCCAUUGUCAUGCUUUGCACCAGCCAGCCUUCAGGAAGAUUGCUGCUACAAAGGACUUUGUGGACCAGUGACAUUUCCUUUGCCAGGCAAAAGGUACCAUGAACCUAUAAAUUCUGUGUCUAAGUGGCAACUAGAACCUGGCUUGAUCUGGGUUUGGUGCAUUCAGCAAAGCACUUGAAAGACAUUGUGAUUAGCAAAUGGGAUGUAUUAGACUGAUGACUUCAGCUUGCAUGAUCCCUCACCAAUUAUUCUGCUAACUAGGAAUUUUAGUCUGAUAGCUGGAGGGCCACAACUGGGGUAGUCACAUGGUUACUAAGACAUCUGUUUCCAAGGUACUAUCUGGUCCUCAAACUCUGCCCUAUUACGAGUUAAUUCAUGUAAAGAUUCAUACUGCCACUUGGGCUGUCCACAGUUGCUUGCCUGCUCUAGGUAUAUACACGUUUGUAGAACAAAUUACUCAAAGUGUGCAUAUAGUCUAAUUGGGCCAAAAGCCUAUGCAGAGAGAACAAGGCCAUGAAGAAGUCUGAAGUGCAGACCUUCAGGAGGAACUGGUUACUGAGGCCCUUUCUAAACUACCAUAUAAUCCACAUUAUCUGCUUUGAACUGGAUUAUCAGAGUUUGCAUUGCCAUAUAAUCUACUUCAAAGCAGAUAAUUAGGAUUUUAUAUCGCAGUGUAGAAGGGGCCUGAGGCAAUGCAGGUGAGCAAGCAUUUUGGCCCCUUGUGCUGCCUGGGUGCCAUAAGGCUUGCCCUACAGAAAAAUUGGGAAGGGAGCCAUUUAUGGCUUUCCAGCAACUACUUAGGCUUUGUUAUAUGAUAAUGCAGAGGAAAGCAGAUUAAAAAUGUUCUUUUCACUGUGGUCUUUAUCACACUCAACCUUUUCCAUAAGAUAUAACUACUUGCAGUGUGAACCAGCCACAAGUGUUUAUGAGGAGACCCAAGCAUUGAGUGUACAUGUACAAUAGUUGGGCCUUAGUUAUUUUCCUGCAUGGCUCAAACUAUAUGGCCACCUUUUCUGGCUUGUAAUGUGCUCACUUAUGCAAUAGGCACAUUUAACAAACAAAAAAACCCCCAAAAAACCUGCUAUGUGGAAAAUAUAUCUUUUUUUUUCUUGUAAGAAAAAAUCAGAAUCAAUUUUAAUCCAUUGUAAAUACCUGACCAGUUUGUAUUAUGGAUCUUCUAUUAGAAACAUGUACUCUCUUCCCCACCCCAGUUGUGCAGCAGUCAACCCAUCUACAUUAACCAUACCUAGUACUUCAAUUUAAAUAGUGUCUUUAUGGUGAGGUAGGCAAUUUCCAGAUGUUUUUGGACUGCAACUCCCUUGAUCUCUCCUCAUUGGCUGUGCUAACCAACCCGGAUAAUACAUGUAGGAAAAACAAACUGAAUGGCCACAUUUGUCCACCUCUGCCAUAAAGAAACACAAAACUGAGCAUGGAUGUUAGUCUCUAAGAAGGAGAAGAAGCUGUAGCAAGUAAAAUAGGCUACCAUUUUCUAGCUUCCAACAAGACAUAAUAGACAUGGACCAAACUAUUAAAAUGUAGGAAGCUUUCAUUCUAUGCUAAGCAGCAUCCAUGAAAGACAUGUGUUCACGAUCUGCAAUCAGAAAAUGUGUACUUCUUACACAUUAUUUAUUCUAAAACUUGUUUUGAAUGCGAAAUGGUCACUUGCCACCAACCUCAACUGAAAGCAUGGAAAUAAAUGUAAAUUAUGGGAACCGUGUGUGAUAUACAAAAAUUAACAACCUGUAACAUAACAGGACAAGACUUUUUACAUAUUAUUGGUCUUUUGUUUAGGAUCUGAUAGUGCAUUUCAGAUAAUCUCUGAACAGGACAAAUUUCUUAGCAAUUACGUAAAUUUUCAUUAAAAUGCUGGUUUGUUUGGACACAUUAUUGUAAACUCUACAUUUAUGUCAAAUUGUAAUGCUGGUUUCCCACAUCAGGUAAAGAGCUAGAUUGGCUACAUAUUGCUAGAUCUAAAAUAUUUCAUUUAUAUAAAGACAUUUCUUACAAGCUCUGCUUUUGUACCUGCAGUUUUGUGGCUUCAAAGACGGGCAAGGGCAACUGAUGUUUCUGUGUCAUUUCUUCAUUUCCAGAGCAAAAUUUAAUAUACACAAAUGAUGUCAGGGAUUUUGGGUUAGGAUGUUCACAUAGCACCAUAUAAAAGCUGGGCAUCUGACCAUUUGCUUUUGUCAUAUAAUCAGUGUACACCACAUUGAAAUAAAUGGUGAAAAAUAAAUUCUGUGGAACAUAGAUACUGAGUUGGAGCCAGUCUAAAGCAUCCAUUUAAGUGAUCUCCACUAGUGUCCAUGACUUCCCUCCCUUUUCUCUCCCAAGUCCCACAGCAUUUACACCAUUUAAUUUUAUCUGUUGCUCUUGUAUGGCAUUUUUCUCCCAGAGUGGGACCCAACGCAGCUUCAAAAGCUAUUCAUAAUGAAAUUAAAAGAGCAAACAGCAAAACAUUGAAAAACAUUUACAAGAUUAAAAAGAAUAAAAUAACCUCAUAUAAAGCUCUCCUACCUAUGUUUUUGUUGCCCCACAGGAUGUCUCCAAAGUCCCUGGAGGCCGUACUAUGUAAUUUUUGAGGGGGUGAGAAAUCAUCUCAAAAAUUGCACACAAAGCCAGAACUUGCUCUGUGAACCAAUUUGAUGCAAUCCAAGGCUAUCUUAACCAUUUCCUAUACCUACCUAGCCCUCUCCCAGAAUAGGGCCAAGCUGAAAAAAGCUAAAAAUUAAAGCAAUUCAAAAUGAAAGUCACUUCCAAUUUUGAUGUACUUUUCAGAAUUUUGUUAUCAGUGCAGUUCUUGUGUGCCUAUAAGGAAUACAAACUGGUUAUCAUCCCUGGUACACUUGCUGCCCUGAUUGGAAAAUUAGUACUAGGGUUGUGGUUGGUAUUAAUCAGAGUCUGGGUGAUCUAGAUUAUAGUCCCCACUGAGCCAUGAAAUUUCCCAUGUAGCCUUGAGCCACUCACAGACUGUUGUGAGGAUACAAAGACAGCCAUGUGUAGGAAGCACCUUGAAUCCAUCUGAGGAAACACAGGACAUAAAUGUUAACUAACAUGCAGAGAAAAAAAGUGCCCACAGUUCAAUAAAAGGUUAAAUGACUGCGGUUAACUAGCAUAGGAUACAAGCUCAUCAUAUUAUUAUAGUUAGCCUGAAAAAAGUAGGAGAGAAAACAGCAGAACACACCAGCCAAGCAUUAUACUGUUUCCUAAUAACCAGGACGUUUUUAUAAAGGUUCCAAUCAAAUAAAUGCCCCUCCUAAGAAGUAUCCUGUAUUUUAUCUGACUGCUUGAGACCAGAUCUUAUAGCUGUUUAGGCGCCGUUUUAUCACUUCAGCACUUUUGGCAUCUGUUUUGACUGCUCUUUAUCCAAGCUGAGAGGCUUUUUCACACUCUUUUCUGUUAGAGGAGAAUGUAUUUCUAAAUGCCUGCAAUCCAUUCCCAGGAGUGAACUGCUGACAGAGAACUGGUACUUCCACUCCACUUCAUUAAAUGAAAAGUGAACGCCAAUGAUCAGACAGCACUUAAGAAAGGGCAUGGAAGAGACAGCCAUGAAGCCCCUUUACGUCUUAUUUAAACAGGCCACUGUCAAUGCAGGAGACAACAACCAGCUGAAGAGACAAGAGCUCUAACAUUACUAGCAGUGAGAACUCAUUAACACCUUUGUAUUUGUUUUAAGCUAGAUGAGCAAGUGCCAAGGUAGAGCUCCCCAGAAAAAUUAGGUGUUGAUUGGAUUUGAUUUCAGAGUAUAGCAUGACUGCUAAAGGUUAGAAUGUACCUUUGUCUGCUAAAAAGGGGUAUAUAAAGCAUUAAUACAGCAAUUCAUUUCCAGGAUAUAAUUUUGGUUGUCAUCUAUUUCCAAGAACACAACAGCUCUACAAAAAUGUUAAAUGAAUGAGAAUACACAGAAAUGCAUAUUAUUUUCAACUGGUAUAAGUUUAGACAGUCCACCCACCAAAACACUUUGCAUAACUUGGAACAAAGCCAUGUGUUGAUGGCAUCAUGCAGUGGAUCGUUUCGACUUAUAAGAGAAACAAGCCUACAGUUAUGGGAUAUCACUGAGCCUGGGGGGGGGGGGGGG